GAGGCAACGUGGGAAAACACUCAAUUGUUGCUCGACCAAUUCUCCGAUGUGGACCUUGAGGACAAGAGUCCACUGAGAUGGGGGAGUGUUGAUGAGCCGAUAAGGUUGGCCAUGCUACCAAAACCAAUCCCAAAUAUCAGGGAUGAUGAUGGACGUGAGAAGACUGUUGGAGGCAAUUAG